AUGUUGAAGUUGGUGUUUGAGAAACAGCAGCAGCGGGUGUAUAACGCGGAAACAGGGGUCUUGAACCUGACGCAGUUUAAGGAAAUUCCUGACCUCACGGAUGUGGCGGGAUCCAUCAACUUUAACACACAGGCUUUCUGCCAGGCAUUGUGUUCGACAAUAAAGUCGCUUAUUGUGCCUCCUCCAUCAGCAAUUCAACUGAAAGGCAAUGGCAUAUUGUCGGUGUCACAUCUAGCGAUGCAGUUGGAAAAGGCAGACCUUCAUCUGACGCUUCGUGCCAUUUCAUUAGAAGCCAACCUAAUCAAGUCGGUUGAGUCAUUGCAAGAGUUGAAGAAAUUCACCAACUUGCGGGAGAUUGUACUGAGAGACAAUCCUAUCGCAAAUCGGAGCGACUAUCGGACAACUAUUAAGAAAUUGAUGCCGUCGUUAAUUGGUUUAGAUGGAGAGUCCAUAUGUGUGCCCCCUUUAAGUUUACCGUGGCCUCAGUUCUCUCCGACGGGAUACAGUGAGGCGCAGAAGCAUGUGCUGCAGUUCAUACAAUGCGGGUUGUUAAACCCACUGGAAGGCGACGGUGCUUCCGGAGUUGCACACGGUGUAGACGCUGUUUCGGACUUGUACGCGGCAAAUGCGGUUUUGACCCUCUCCCUCUCUUCGCCAGAAGUUGCUGUAAGCACGCCCAUGCGCACGAUGAACGGUGCGGCGGGUGUGCCGCAACAGCGGAACGUAAUCAGGGAUAUUGUGAGUCUUCGGUUAAAACAAACUGAAAGUAAUCACAACCUUCUGCACGGUGUAAAGUCGACUGUUGUUGCGCUUGGUCGGACGAAGGUGUGUUCUCAGAUGGAGCACUGGUUGUACCCAAAGACCUUUAGGGUUCAUCAUUACCUCCAUAGCAGCGCUAGCACCGUCUUUCUUGACAAUUCGUACCUCACAGGCCCGUCGCCCACAGCGAUGAAAGUACCCGUGACAAUAGUGACACUCCAUGGCACCAUGACGUGGAACAACACCGGUGUACCGGGUGAUGCGACAACUAUUGGCCCAAUGACCAUUCGGCGCAACUUCACUCGUGUGUUAAGUGUUACACAAGGGGAUGCGGGACGCUGGCUAAUCACUAAUGACAUGGUGUCGUUGUAUUUGACGCCGAGUGGGUCAUCUGCAUCGUCGAAAAGUGGCAACGGAGUGCCUGAAACGACUCAACUGAGCGAGUGCCGCAUUCUGCUCGACCCACGCAGCGACCGUAGCCGUGCGGAGGUACUCAGCCGAAAGAAGGACGUACCGGUAGAGGUGAUUAUGGCAUUGUGUCAACACGUUGGUAACGAUGCGGAGUUAUUUACCGUGUUGGAUGAUAUCCGCGGCGUGCCACUCAGUGCCUUUGAACACUGUGCCAACCUAGCAGGGGAGAAUAUCAUGGAAAGCAUUCAGAUGUGUCGUUUAGUGAAUCUUUUCGGGAUGGCACCACAAAAUGCAUUGGAGAUGCUUAGGCACAAUAACGGUAACUGGAGUGAUACUGUUGCUGCGGUUGCUGCUACCGCGCCUGUGGCGGCAGUCCCGCAGUGA